CUUUUCGACACGCACUGACUUGUACUUCAGUGAGACUGUUUUUGGACUUCUUCGCGCAUGUUUUUAAAGUUGUCAGCUUGAGGCAGCUAGCCAAAAUGUCCCAACAAUGUGACUUUGAAACGUCCCAAUGAUCAGUGUCCGCAAUGAAAGAGGCAAACGCUUCAGCUGAAACAGCUGACAUCUCAGCAUCAAGCUUUACCCGCGAUUCAAAGUGUCGAGCUGUCAAGCUGCGCGAGGCACAUGUGGAGCCACAAAUUGAAAUUCUUCUGUGGUACAUCUCCAAGAUGGUGCAACCAUACUCUGCCGGAGAGCUCGUGGAACAACGUAAACCUCCUCAAAAAGGUGCCUCUCUGCACAUCGGCAGUCUAGGCGACCAGACCCCUUGAGCGCAUUCCAACUUCAUCCAAACGAAGAGCUAUGGCACGUGCUACCGCGACACCAAAGCUCUGACCCAUCAAAAUCAUGUCCAGAUUUCCGCUUUGUCUGGCCUUCUCAAGAGAAUACCAAAGAAUAUGAUCGAUACACGAGCCACCGAGUCGCAAGACCUCCUCAACCGGAGCACUUACGACAGUUUGGCCAGGGAAUGUUUUUGCAAUUUUGGAAGCUACGCAUGGUUUGCGAAGGCGCGCCCCUCCCUCAAGUGCAAGCAGGGUAGGAAGGCAUGGCCCACGGGUCAGUGUGGUCUGUGCAGCACAGCCACAGCUUGCCUGGGGAUACUCGGGAACUGUUGCAGUCCGAAGGGCGGGAUGCCAACGCCUGCCAAACUUCUUCAACCCUCCAGGUCCAGCAGCUUCAAGAAUCUUCAAACCUAUGAAUAUUUAGGAGCUUCUCUGACAGCCUUGCCCUUGCAAAUGCAGCUCUUCUUCAGCAAGCUUGGAGAAGCACUUAUCGUGGCAGAUCUUAAUGUGCUAGCCAUUUGAUGCCAUUCGGUGGUGAGAUGUUGGGGUUCUUAAGGAUUGAUUUUUGAAAGGGAUUAGAUCAAAUCCCCUCAAACAUGAAAGGGAGCUAAUUACACGGAUUAUGAUUAAGGCUUAAUUAGGGUCUCUGAUCUUUUGGCACCAAGUGACAUCGCCUGUUGUUCUUGCAACAGUUGCUUCUGGAUGCUGGGCACGUUUUAUACAAAAAGACAUGGCAAAGGUGGCAUCAUCAGGAGCUAUGAUAUUCCUUUCCACAGAGGCUGCGCCCAUGGCUCCUCAGCCUUUUAACAGACGUGGCUCUUGCACAAAAAUUGCUAUUGACCAUGAGAGGCUCCCACAAGGUCUGAAGUACUUUCGCUUGCAUGUGCCUGAUGUUCAUCAACUGGCUCCGGCGUCUUCCAGCAACGCCAGGCUUAAGCAACAUUGAAGUUUCAAUGUUUCAGGGUUCACCUGAAAAAAUAUAUCUAUAUCAAGCCCUACUUCUUUCAUCUUCUUUUCAUCCGAAAUCUCUUUCGUGUGAUGGCAUGUGAAGCCGCAAGGCAACGGCUUCAACAAUUUUAUAAGCGCGGUGCUCACAGGUCAAGCUUUGCAGGCUUGACCGAAAAACAAUCAAUAACCUCACCGUAAGUUAUGCCGCUUUGUGAAGGACCCAGGUGAUUUUCAAACCAACCGACCUCAGUCGGCUUGCUUUAUUGAUCAAUGGCUGGCAAAGUGUGCACAAAGCCAGAUGUCUCCCACCUUUUAGGCAGUUUUUAGGCAGAAAAACUGGCUGUCGCAAAUUUCAGACCGAAAAAGUUGCCUACGUGUGCUGUUCUUUCUGGGCGCUCUUCUCGCAAGAAAUUACACAAAGGUACCAACAAGCUUGGCGUGAGUGAUAUGCGCAAUGAAAGGGCAUCGUCUUUUUCCUUCAAUCGGAAUGCAAAAGCCAAAGGAGACAUCUUAAGUUUCGCAUGCAGGGCUGCACUACAAGUGUUCAGAAUACCAGCUAGGUCUCUCUCUCCAUCACUGUCACCUAGCCCUAGCUU